UCAUUCAUCGAAGCACACCCCCACCGCACCACACCACAACAAGCGAAGCAACCACCCGACGACGUACUGUCACAUCACUGAAUGAAGGCAAACAAACAAACACACACACGCGCGCAGUGAGAGAGAGAGAGAUAGAACAAAAACCAAAACCAACGGAUAGUGGUGCCGCGCGAGCCAGCACAGCAGCACAGUCACCAUUAUGGAGAGCACACCAACACACGACGACACUCCUGCUCAGCGUCCAAUGGAUGCCGCUGGUGAAGAGGAGCAGCAGCAAGAUGUGGAGUGCAACAUCUGUUACAACCCUGCCCUUGAGAACCGACGAUGCAAGAGCUGCCGUCAUCUGUUCUGUCACACGUGCAUUCACGAGUGGAUGGAAAAGUCUGCCAUCCCAACAUGCCCCACGUGCCGGUGUGACCUCGGCGAUACAACGCUGGAGCAUGACGAGGAGGUGCAGAACAUUGUUGACAAGAGGGAAACAUGCUGUGACAUUUGCGGCACCACAGUGACGUACAAGUCGCUGGCCAAACACAGGCUCCUGUGCAUGAACGAGGAGAUUCAGUGCCCGUUUGCUGGAUGCUCCUUUCACGGCACCCGCUCAGCCAUGGACAUUCACACAGCCUCCUGCUGCCUCGGCGCCAACUACAACCUGGAGGAAGUGAUUCAGUCAGUGUGCAAGCGCGCGGCAGAUUCACAGCCCCAGUUUGUCAACGAACACCUGCUUGAGGACAUCUACCAGCCAGACGACACAAACGACAGCGACACGCUUGUUCACUUUGUGCAGGCGCACGACACACUUUCGGGCCUUGCCGUCAAAUACUCGUGCACCCGUGAGGAGAUUCUGCGGCUGAACAACCUCACAUAUGAGGCCCACCUCUUUGCCCGCGCAUCCAUCAUCGUGCCCCGCCCAGAGUCGUGGCGCCCAAAGGAGGAGCCUGAGGUGCCCUUGAGCGUGCUCGUUGCGCUGCGAAAGAAGAAACUCACCCGCCGCGUCGUCACAAAGUGCAGUGUGCCAGAACCAGAGGCGGUGGCGUACCUGCACCUGACACACUACAAAGCAGACGAAGCGAUUCGGCUUAUCGAAGAGGAUGUGGUGUGGUCGCUACAGCACGGCGAGUCGCAGCCGAAAUCGCUCAAGGAGUUCCUGGGCCGCAAACAGCGCGGGCUUGCGCCGUGCACGGGAUGUGACAUGCCCAUUGCUCAGCACACCCCGCGCCAGCACUGCGCCGCCUGUGGCGCCUUCUUCUGCCACCGCUGCCACCACGGACAGGGCCAGUGCAAGCUCACCGUCCCAAAGCUAGCGCUCGGCGUGACAAACCCGGAUGCCCGGUACCAGCAUGUGCGCGUGUGUCACGGCUGCCACGACCGCCUGUCUCCACCAUCAACAACAACAGCCCCAGCCGCGCAGUACACUCCCCCGUCCCUUCAGUACCAUCAACGCGCCCAACAACAACACCACCACCACCACCACCAAGCCAGCGCUCCGCUCUGCUCGUGAGAUCAUGGCGUUUUGGUCGUCGCGAUCGCGCAGUGCGGAUAAUUGUGAAUAAAAGCGCCAAUUUUCC